AUGAGCUUCAUUGCGCACUCGGUUUUCUUCACCCUGAAGGUGAGUGUCCUGCUGGGGUCACUGCUGGGGCUCUGCCUGGGCCUCGAGUUCAUGGGCCUCCCCAACCAGUGGGCCCGUUACCUCCGCUGGGAUGCCAGCACGCGCAGUGACCUGAGCUUCCAGUUCAAGACCAAUGUCUCCACGGGGCUGCUCCUUUACCUGGACGAUGGCGGCGUCUGUGACUUCCUCUGCCUUUCCCUGGCAGAUGGCCGCGUACAGCUCCGCUUCAGCAUGGACUGUGCGGAGACCGCUGUGCUGUCCAACAAGCAGGUGAAUGACAGCAGCUGGCACUUCCUCAUGGUGAGCCGGGACCGCCUGCGCACGGUGCUGGUGCUUGACGGUGAGGGCCAGGCGGGUGAGCUGCAGCCCCAGCGGCCCUACAUGGAUGUGGUCAGUGACUUGUUCCUUGGCGGAGUCCCCGCGGACAUACGACCUUCUGCCCUGACCCUUGAUGGAGUACAGGCCAUGCCCGGCUUCAGAGGAUUAAUCCUGGAUCUCAAAUAUGGCAACUCAGAGCCUCGGCUUCUGGGGAGCCAAGGUGUCCAGUUGGAUGCUGAGGGACCCUGUGGUGAGCGUCCCUGUGAAAAUGGUGGGAUCUGCUUUCUCCUGGAUGGCCACCCCACCUGUGACUGUUCCACUACGGGCUAUGGUGGCAAGCUCUGCUCAGAAGAUGUCAGUCAAGGUCCAGGCCUCUCCCACCUCAUGAUGAGUGAACAAGCUCGAGAGGAGAACGUGGCCACGUUCCGAGGCUCUGAGUACCUGUGCUACGACCUGUCUCAGAACCCGAUCCAGAGCAGCAGUGAUGAAAUCACCCUCUCCUUUAAGACCUGGCAGCGGAAUGGGCUCAUCCUGCACACGGGCAAGUCGGCUGACUAUGUCAACCUGGCUCUGAAGGAUGGCGCGGUCUCCUUGGUCAUUAACCUGGGGUCCGGGGCCUUUGAGGCCAUUGUGGAGCCAGUGAAUGGAAAAUUCAACGACAACGCCUGGCACGAUGUCAAAGUGACACGCAACCUUCGGCAGGUGACAAUCUCUGUGGAUGGCAUCCUUACCACAACGGGCUACACUCAGGAGGACUACACCAUGCUGGGCUCGGAUGACUUCUUCUACGUGGGAGGAAGCCCAAGUACCGCUGACUUGCCAGGCUCACCCGUCAGCAACAACUUUAUGGGCUGCCUUAAAGAGGUUGUUUAUAAGAAUAAUGACAUCCGUCUGGAGCUGUCUCGCCUGGCCCGGAUUGGGGACACCAAGAUGAAGAUCUAUGGGGAAGUUGUAUUCAAGUGUGAGAAUGUGGCCACGCUGGACCCUAUCAACUUCGAGACCCCAGAGGCGUACAUCAGUUUGCCCAAGUGGAACACCAAACGCAUGGGUUCCAUCUCCUUUGACUUCCGCACCACUGAGCCCAACGGCCUGAUCCUCUUCACUCACGGCAAGCCCCAAGAGAGGAAGGAUGCUCGGAGCCAGAAGAACACCAAGGUGGACUUCUUUGCUGUGGAACUCCUCGAUGGCAACCUCUACCUGCUGCUUGACAUGGGCUCAGGCACCAUCAAAGUGAAGGCCACUCAGAAGAAAGCCAACGAUGGGGAAUGGUACCAUGUGGACAUUCAGCGAGAUGGCAGAUCAGGUACCAUAUCAGUGAACAGCAGGCGCACGCCAUUCACUGCCAGCGGGGAGAGUGAGAUCCUGGACCUGGAGGGGGACAUGUACCUGGGCGGGCUGCCAGAGAACCGUGCUGGCCUCAUCCUCCCCACCGAGCUCUGGACUGCCAUGCUCAACUAUGGCUAUGUGGGCUGCAUCCGUGACCUGUUCAUCGACGGGCGCAGCAAGAACAUCCGGCAGCUGGCGGAGAUGCAGAACGCUGCGGGCGUCAAGUCCUCCUGUUCACGGAUGAGCGCUAAGCAGUGUGACAGCUACCCCUGCAAGAACAAUGCUGUGUGCAAGGACGGCUGGAACCGCUUCAUCUGCGACUGCACCGGCACAGGCUACUGGGGAAGGACCUGUGAAAGGGAGGCGUCCAUCUUGAGCUAUGAUGGCAGCAUGUACAUGAAGAUCAUCAUGCCCAUGGUCAUGCACACUGAGGCAGAGGAUGUGUCCUUCCGCUUCAUGUCCCAGCGAGCUUAUGGGCUGCUGGUGGCUACUACCUCCAGGGACUCUGCGGACACCCUGCGUUUGGAGCUGGAUGGGGGGCGUGUCAAGCUCAUGGUUAACUUAGACUGUAUCAGGAUAAACUGUAACUCCAGCAAAGGACCUGAGACCCUGUAUGCGGGGCAGAAGCUCAAUGACAAUGAAUGGCACACCGUUCGGGUGGUGCGGAGAGGAAAAAGCCUUAAAUUAACUGUGGAUGAUGAUGUGGCUGAGGGUACAAUGGUGGGGGACCAUACCCGCUUGGAAUUCCACAAUAUCGAAACUGGAAUCAUGACUGAGAAACGCUACAUCUCCGUUGUCCCCUCCAGUUUCAUUGGGCACUUGCAGAGCCUCAUGUUCAAUGGCCUGCUCUACAUUGACUUGUGCAAAAAUGGUGACAUUGAUUACUGUGAGCUGAAGGCACGUUUUGGACUGAGGAACAUCAUUGCUGACCCUGUCACCUUCAAGACCAAGAGCAGCUACCUGAGCCUGGCCACCCUCCAGGCAUACACCUCCAUGCACCUCUUCUUCCAGUUCAAGACCACCUCAGCUGAUGGCUUCAUCCUCUUCAACAGUGGUGAUGGCAAUGACUUCAUUGCAGUUGAGCUAGUCAAGGGGUACAUACACUAUGUGUUUGACCUCGGGAAUGGUCCCAAUGUGAUCAAGGGCAACAGUGACCGCCCCCUGAAUGACAACCAGUGGCACAACGUCGUCAUCACCCGAGACAACAGUAACACCCACAGUUUGAAAGUGGACACUAAAGUGGUCACUCAGGUUAUCAAUGGUGCCAAAAAUCUGGAUUUGAAAGGUGACCUCUACAUGGCGGGUCUGGCCCAAGGCAUGUACAGCAACCUUCCAAAAUUGGUGGCUUCCCGGGAUGGCUUUCAGGGAUGUCUGGCCUCGGUGGAUUUGAAUGGGCGUCUGCCAGACCUCAUCAACGAUGCCCUCCAUCGGAGUGGACAGAUAGAACGUGGCUGUGAAGGACCAAGUACCACCUGCCAGGAAGAUUCAUGUGCCAACCAGGGGGUCUGCAUGCAGCAGUGGGAAGGCUUCACCUGCGACUGUUCCAUGACAUCAUAUUCUGGAAACCAGUGCAAUGAUCCUGGCGCUACCUACAUCUUUGGGAAAAGCGGAGGCCUCAUCCUUUACACCUGGCCGGCCAAUGAUAGGCCCAGCACCCGCUCUGACCGCCUUGCCGUGGGCUUCAGCACCACUGUGAAGGAUGGCAUCUUGGUGCGCAUCGACAGCGCUCCGGGUCUCGGUGACUUCCUCCAGCUUCACAUAGAACAGGGGAAAAUUGGAGUUGUCUUCAAUAUUGGCACAGUUGACAUCUCCAUCAAAGAGGAGAGAACCCCUGUAAAUGAUGGUAAAUACCACGUGGUGCGCUUCACCAGGAACGGCGGCAAUGCCACACUUCAGGUGGACAACUGGCCAGUGAAUGAGCAUUAUCCCACAGGCAACACUGAUAAUGAACGCUUCCAAAUGGUAAAACAGAAAAUCCCCUUCAAAUAUAACCGGCCCGUAGAGGAGUGGCUGCAGGAAAAAGGACGGCAGUUAACCAUCUUCAACACCCAGGCGCAAAUAGCCAUUGGCGGAAAAGACAAAGGACGUCUCUUCCAAGGGCAGCUCUCUGGGCUCUAUUAUGAUGGUUUGAAAGUACUGAACAUGGCGGCUGAGAACAACCCCAAUAUUAAAAUCAAUGGAAGUGUCCGGCUGGUGGGAGAAGUCCCGUCAAUCUUGGGAACAACACAGACGACCUCCAUGCCACCAGAAAUGUCUACCACUGUCAUGGAAACCACCACUACAAUGGCUACUACUACAACCCGCAAAAAUCGUUCUACAGCAAGCAUUCAGCCCACAUCAGAUGACCUUGUUUCAUCUGCUGAAUGUUCAAGCGAUGAUGAGGACUUCGUUGAGUGUGAACCGAGUACAGAUAAGAGUCUUUCCACUUCAAUCUUCGAAGGUGGCUACAAAGCACAUGCGCCCAAGUGGGAAUCCAAGGACUUUAGACCUAACAAAGUCUCCGAAACUAGUAGGACUACUACCACAUCUUUGUCCCCUGAGCUGAUCCGCUUCACAGCUUCCUCCUCGUCUGGGAUGGUGCCCAAAUUGCCAGCUGGCAAAAUGAAUAACCGUGAUCUCAAACCCCAGCCUGAUAUAGUCUUGCUUCCGUUGCCCACUGCCUAUGAGCUAGACAGCACCAAACUGAAGAGCCCACUAAUUACUUCCCCCAUGUUCCGUAAUGUGCCCACAGCAAACCCCACGGAGCCGGGAGUCAGACGGGUUCCGGGGGCCUCAGAGGUGAUCCGGGAGUCGAGCAGUACAACAGGGAUGGUCGUCGGCAUUGUGGCUGCUGCCGCCCUCUGCAUCUUGAUCCUCCUGUACGCCAUGUACAAGUACAGGAACAGGGACGAGGGGUCCUAUCAAGUGGACGAGACGCGGAACUACAUCAGCAACUCGGCCCAGAGCAACGGCACGCUCAUCAAGGAGAAGCAGCAGAGCUCGAAGAGCGGCCACAAGAAACAGAAAAACAAGGACAAGGAGUAUUAUGUGUAA